CCGGCACCCGAGCUUUCGGGACUGCUGCAAGGCUGUCGAAUGCGAGACUUCACUCGCUCGUAUUUAGUCACAUGACCACAUUCCAUGCGCGCUCCAACAUGUAUCGCAGCGUGCAUGAUGCGGUUGCCUUCUGGCUAUUCGACAUCAUUCGAAGCCAUCGAUCUCAGAGGCUGCAUCGCCGGUAGCGUAGUUUUCGAAGACUACUCACACACUUUCCAGAGACCGCACGAGGCUUUUUCGGAGAUAGCCCCCACGCUUCUCGGGGGCAUGCUAUACAUGGCUAAACCAAAUGAUCCAGGCACUAUAACGUCGCUCUCUGGCCGUCUCGAGUCGGCUAUGCAAGACUUCAGUACCCUCUUUCAAAGGAUGGCGAUACGCCCUUGACAAGAGAACACAAAGGCGUUGCUGUGUGUAAUUUGCUUGGAUAAUUUAAGGUGCCCUUUAUCACAAGAAGCAGUUACGGAUUGUUGUUGUAAGCUUCUUUGAUCUCUCAAGCCCUUCAAAUACGGAUACCACUGCUUCGUAUUGAGACAUGAGAAGCAGCAAGGCAGCCUGGACCC